AGGUAAAAAAUGGGAUGAGAGAUGUAGAGAGAGAGAGAGAGAGAGAGAGAGAGAGAGAGAGAGAGAGAGAGAGAGAGAGGAGAGAGAGAGAGAGAGAGAGAGAGAGAGAGAGAGAGAGAGAGAGAGAGAGAGAGAGAGAGAGAGAGAUAGCGUGCAAGAGAGAGAGAGAGAGAGAGAGAGAGAGAGAGAGAGAGAGAGAGAGAGAGAGAGAGAGAUAGCGUGCAAGAGAGAGAGAGAGAGAGAGAGAGAGAGAGAGAGAGAGAGAGAGAGAGAGAGAGAGAGAGAGAGAGAGAGAGAGAGAGAGAGAGAGAGAGGGAGAGAGAGAGAGAGAGAGUGAGAGAGAGAAACAGAGAUCAAGAAAGAGGGAGCAUAAUA